CCCUGCAAAUCCACACAAACACCUUCUCUCUCUGAUAUUCCGCAGAACGAAUGUUUUCAAAAUUUUGACUUACUUAGGAUCUUUUCGCAGAAAUCCAUUCCCUAAGAAGGAAAUCGGUGCAAAUAAGGAAAGUUCUUUAUUAAUCCUCAAUCCUUCUUCCUUCUUAUAUCUCCUACCUGGCUGCAUUGCACGAACCAGCAGAGAAGAACAGUUGUUGUCGUCGUUGUUAUUGUUUUUUUUUCUUUUUUUUUUUUUAUUCUCUCUUCUUCCCUCGUAAUUUCCGUGUGUAAUUGGGGAGUUUGAGAGAGUCUCGUUCUCGUGUUGCUUCGUCAAUGGCGGUUCCUUCUACCGUCCCUGCGCAAGCAUCGCUUUACAUUGGCGACCUUCAUCCUGACGUCACCGAUGGGCAACUCCUUGAGACCUUCUCCGUCAUUAAUAACCUUGCGUCUGUGCGGGUUUGCAGAGACUCCUUGUCCGGGCGAUCCCUCGGUUAUGGUUAUGCCAAUUUCGUUACUACUCAAGACGCAAUCCAGGCAAUUGAAAAACUGAACCACACUCCGUUGAAUGGGAAGAUGAUGAGAAUUAUGUGGUCACAUCGUGAUCCAGAUGCAAGAAAAAGUGGUAUAGGAAAUCUGUUUGUGAAGAAUCUGGAUGAUUCCAUUGAUAAUGUGAGGCUUCACAAGAUGUUCUCAAAAUAUGGGAACAUCUUAUCAUGCAAAGUCGUGACAUCUCAGGAUGGAAAGAGCAAAGGAUAUGGGUUUGUCCAGUUUGAAUCUGAGGAAUCGGCAAAAAGUGCGAUAGAGAAACUUAAUGACUCCACUGUUGGAGGAAAAAAGAUAUAUGUUGGAAAUUUCAUAAAGAAGAGUGAUCGGGUUUUACGCAGCCCCAAUGCUAAAUAUACAAAUCUGUACAUGAAGAAUCUGGACCAGGAUGUGUCUGAAGAACUUCUGCAAGAGAAGUUCUCUGAGUUUGGAAAAAUUACUAAUCUGGUUAUCUCAAAGGAUGAAAAUGGGAACUCGAAGGGUUUUGGAUUUGUCAAUUUUGAAAGCCCAAAUGAUGCCAAGCAGGCAAUGGAGGCAAUGAAUGGAACCCAACUUGGAUCAAAGACUCUAUAUGUAGCAAGAGCACAGAAAAAGGCAGAGCGGGAGCAAAUCUUGAAGCAUCAAUUUGAGGAAAGACGUAAGGAGCAAAUCCAGAAGUACAAGGGUUCAAAUGUAUAUGUCAAGAACAUUGAUGAUAAUGUUGGUGAUGAUGAAUUACGGGAGCAUUUUAGUCGAUGUGGCACUAUUACUUCUGUGAAGCUUAUGCGUGAUGAAAAAGGAAUAAGUAAGGGGUUCGGGUUUGUAUGCUUCUCAACUCCUGAGGAGGCCAAUAAAGCUGUAGCCACCUUUCAUGGAUGCAUGUUUCGCCGGAAGCCCUUGUACGUGGCUAUAGCACAAAGAAAAGAAGAGAGGCAAGCACAAUUGCAACUUCAGUUUUCACAGAAUAUGCCAGCAUUAGGGGGUCCCUCAACUGCUGUUAUCCCUGCUGGAUACCCACCCCUUUACUAUACACCUCCUCCUGGUGUUGUUUCACAAAUUCCUCCUCAGCAGGGGCUUAUGUAUCGACCUCUUGGUUUGAGGCCAGGAUGGAGGCCCAGUGGAUAUGCACCUCCACCCAGACCAGCUUUUCAACCUAUGCCACUUCCUAUGAUUCCUACUGCACCAAGACAGCAGAGACAAAAUAGAGGCAGGAUAAAUGGGUAUAUGCUUCCCCAGGGUGGUGGAAACUCUGUCCAGUUUAUGCCAAAUCUGCAACAGCCAACUCAGUCAGCAAAUUCACUGAAAGAUUCAAGCAAUCAACAGCGAGUGGGAAAGACCAACUAUGUCCCAAAUGGGCGUCUGCGUGACGCUAGCAAUGGACCAAUAAUCCCAUCAACUGCUUCCAAUCUUGUUGGAGCUGUAUCCCAAGGAUCAGACAUGUUAAGUAGCAUGCUUGCUGCUGCUACACCACAGCACCAGAAGCAGAUACUAGGCGAGCGCCUCUAUCCCCUUGUCAUGAAACACAAGCCUGAACUUGCAGCAAAAAUAACCGGCAUGCUUUUGGAGAUGGACAAUUCAGAAUUACUUCUGUUGUUGGAAUCACCUGAAUCAUUGGUUGCUAAAGUUGAAGAAGCACUGCAGGUGCUAAAGCUCUCAAAUACCAAGGUUGCUGGACAGGAUUCCCUUCAUCCCAAUUACUUAUCGACUGAGGUUGCAGUCAACUAAAUAACCAUAUUCUGGAACUGCGGUUAUGCUCUGCAAUUUUAGGGCUUUCAAAUUUUUGAUAGUGAGCAUUAGAGCUUCCAAUUUUGUCUUCUAAAUCGAUUCCUUUCAUAGAUUUAUUUUUAUUUUUAUUUUUUUGUAAGAGUGUGAACUGUAACUUUCGGUAUCUGACCUGCUUAUCUGGAUGCCCGGUUGUCCUUAAAAAGAUUGGGUGGUAAAAACAGGUUUUUUCGAUUCA